AUGGACCGAAGCGAUACAGAAUGGGAUCUCGAUAGCGACGAGAUCGCAUCCGUCGCGUCCCAGGACCUCCACGAAAGCAGGCCGAAUCGUUGGACAGGCCCUCGACGAGAAUGGCAGCGCUUCACGAUUGAGGAGCGACGGCUGUGGCAGUCGAUGCAGGCGGUGGAGAGUCAAGAUCUGGCGAUUCACCUGUACAAUGCGCACGCGCUGAAGAAGCGCGGAAAGGACCCUCAAACGGCGCAAGAUGUCACGGUUGCCACGGAAGACGGUCAGCAGCGCAUAUGGGCGCCUCCCAGAGUCUGGACAGCAUGGCCGCUGAACGAAAGGCGCGUGCCCAAGCAGAGGAUCAUCCAGAGAGACCAUGACGAGUUUGACAGGUUUACCUUUCGCAAGGCGGAGAGGCACAUGCCCAGCUCGGAGCUGCACGAGGAGUUGGGAGCGACCAUCUUGCGGUUCGCUGGCGAGCGGUUUCGCAAAAGCCUGGAAAAGAGCAGACGAAAAACAGUGCUCACGUCCAUCGAGGGAGAUGCGGUGUCUCAUUAUCAUGGCGAGGGAUCAAGAGAGGAUGAAGCCACAUCAAGCUUACCAGAUCCACCGUCGCCGUCACAGACGUCUGAUUAUGAGGAUGUGAAAAUGAAGAUGCAUUUGGAGGGAGAGGAGGAUGACCCCGUCAAAUCAGAGGAGCGACAAAAGGCAGACGAGGCCAGAGAACCAGCCAUGUCUUCCAAUGAUGAUCUAUCCUACGAAAUCCUGAGACCAUCCGUUCGACAUAUACUAUCACAGCUAGAUGCGACGCUGCGUAUCCUGCACAACGCCCGCGUUGCCACCACCAACUACGCAUCCGACUCUUCAGCAACCUCAGACUCAGAAUCCGACACUCAUCCUGGCCCCAAGCGCAAGCGUGGACGCCCUCGCAGCGCUCAUCUGACGGGGACAGAAACCUCACCUCACCCAGACUUCACCACGACCAAACCCAAAGCCAAAGCCAGCAAACGAGGGCGUCCGCGCAAGGUCCGCAUCCCCAACGAGGGCGAAACAUACGAAGAGAUGCUUGUCCGAAUCGCACGUGAAUCCCACAGGAGGCUCCCCAUGACGGCAAAAGAACGAGACGCGGCGUUUGAAGAAUGGCUCCGCCAGGGCGACGAGAGACGGGCGCGCGAAGAGGCGCUCCUUAGAGAGGAGGAAGAGCUGGGCAUCGACCCGCAGGCGAGUGCUCAGGAGAGACGCCUCCGAAGGCUCGGCCUACGCGAUUGGAGCGAGGUGCUUGGUGCGGCUGCGCUGGCUGGCUUCUCUCACCAGGUCAUUGCCCGGACGGCGAAGCGAUGCGCGAAUCUCUUUGGGGAGGGGAUGGUGUUGCGGCGUCUGGACGAGUUGCCAGCUUCGAGGGCGCCGGCCUUUCACACGAUGGAGUAUCGGCCAGAGAAGAUUGAGCUUGGAGGCGAUUCUGAUUCCGACAGCGAAGCAGACGUGGCGACUGCCGUAUCGUCUCGCCAGCCGUCGCUGGGCCGUCUCUCCAGCCGCGGCCGCAGUUCGUCUCGCGGCCGCGCCUCGCCUCAUCCCUCGUCGUCCGCCUUUGGAACGCCCGGGAAGCGCUCCCAAUCGAAAUCGCGAUCCCGUUCGCGCUCUCGGUCGUCGGCCGGAUUUCACUUCUGCCCGGUACCGACGUGCGAGCGGUCAGCUACGGGAUUCACGCGGCGGCAGAACUUGCGGCGGCACAUGCAGCUGGUGCAUCCCGGAAGAGGAGACGAGGACGAGGAGUGGGACAGCGAGGACGAAGUGCUGGGGGCGGUGCAUGUGGAUGGGUUCUUGAAGCCGAUUGUCCCUGCGAGGGGGUGGAGAGAGGGCGUGACGGCGAGUUCGUUGGUGAUUCGGAAGAGAGGGCGGGAGAGGAGGUCUGGAGGCGAUGAAGAUGAUGACGAUGAUUAUCGGGGAUGA